AUGCGAUUCUCCGCUCUUUUGCUGCCGCUGACAGCUACCCUCGCCUUCGCGAUCCCCAAGUCGAGCAGAUCGACCACAUCGGGCAAGCCAACUGUGACCCUCGAUUAUACCACCCUUCAAGCUGCUGCUGGAAAUGAGACUCUCGGCUACUACAAAUAUCAGAAUAUUCGUUUUGCCGCGGUUCCUACAGGUGACCUUCGUUUCGCCAAGCCGCAAUGGCCCCCUACCGAGUCUGGCAUCAACAAUGGCACCACUUAUGCGGAUGCCGAUGUCGAUUGCUCCUCAGAGGAAGACUGUCUUUACAUGGACGUGUGGGCUCCGGCCAAUUCCAAGGGGAAGAAGCUGCCCGUCAUGGUGGCUCUAAGUCGGGAAAACACCCCCGAGGGUCUCUUCGACCUGUCCAAGGAAUUCAUUUUCGUGUCUUUCAACUACCGUCUUGGAAUCACCGGUAUUGCCAACUCUGUGUCCCUCACUCACCAGGGCGCCACAGACAAUGUGGCACUGUACGAUGUUGAGCAUGCCUACAAGUGGGUAAAAAAGUAUAUCAGCGAAUUCGGUGGUAACCCUGAAGAUAUCACGGCUUUCGGUUUCUCUGCUGGUGGCAGUAUGCCCUUGUUUAUGAUGACUCGCUACGGUGGUCACAACUCGCAGCUCUUCAACAAGGCUUACAUUACUUCUCCUGGCUUCGUCCCUGGUGCCGGUCACCAUCAGGGUGAGAUGUUCUACCAAAAUGUUUCCACUGCAGUCGGUUGCACUGGCGGUGACUUGACUUGCAUGCGUGCGGUCUCCUUCACCAACUUGACCGAUGCUGCGAACGAUGUCUACGAUACCUAUGGCUAUCAAUUCCAGCCCCGUGUUGACGGUGACUUUGUAGCUGACACCUACGAGUCGCAGCUCUACCAGGGUCGCUUCAACUUUGACGGACCUCUGGUUAUUACCCACGAGCAGCAUGAGAACAAUGGAUCACCAACCUCCGGUGUCAAUACCACUGCGGAUGUAGAGGCUGAGCUUCGCGCCUUCUUCCCGGCUAUCACUGACGAUGUUGUUGAGGAAAUCAUGGACGCGUUUCCUGCCUCUGACUACACUAGCCCUGGCUACCGGUUCGCGGACAUGAGACAGUCCUUCGAUCUUACUGCUCACAACUAUGCUUUGACCCGUGCCCUUGACAACAACACUUGGAACGCCAUGGUUGCUCUUGACCAAUCCACCCAUGGUACUGACCAGAGCUACUACUGGUACAGCACUUACUCUCUUUCCUCUUCCGGCUCCUCCGGCAGUGCUGAUUCUGGAGCCGGUGUCGCUAUCAGCGGUAGCUCCUCCGUCAGCUCAACUGUUGCUCGCAAGAUGCAAAAGUAUCUCCUUUCCUUCAUCCUCACUGGAAACCCCAACACGAAGUGGUCUAGCGAUAAACUCCACUGGCCUAAGUACGGCAGCGAUGCUACCGAGCUGGUUUUCAACACCACCAUGUACACCCAGACUGAUGACCUGGCCAACAUCAAGAGUACCUGCUGGAACAAGGCUCUGUGGUACUAG